AUGGCGUCGGUCGCCAAGAUGAGCGUCGCGAUGCCGUCCGCACCACAAGCUGCUGCUGCUGCUACUACUACUACUGAUACUGCUGUCUCUUCAUCGCGACAGAUGCAGCUGCGCAUGCUGGCGCAGUACCAGGUGCUGCACACGCUCGGGUCUGGUCUCCAAGGCAAAGUCAAGCUUGGCGUGGAUCCUGUCACUCAGCAGCGCGUGGCGCUCAAGAUCAUUGACAGGGCCAAACUGCACCGGAAAGCCAUGAUCAAUGUCUACCGCGAAGUGGAAUCCAUGUCGCGCGUGUCGCACGCGAACGUGCUGCGUCUGCUUGCAGUGCACGACGGUCUAUUGUACCCAAAACGAGACGGCAGCAGCAGCAAGCAGGUGAUUGUGAUUGUCCUCGAACUGGCCGCGGGGGGAGAGCUCUUUGACUUUAUGAUGUACACGGGCUGCUUCUCGGAGAGCAUUGCGCGUGCCUACUUCCAGCAGCUUGUAGCUGGAUUAGAGGCUUGUCAUGCUCAAGGAGUGUACCAUCGAGACAUUAAGCCAGAGAACUUGCUGCUGGAUGCCAACUUUGUGCUGAAAAUUGCAGACUUUGGGCUCUCGGGACUCAAAGGAAGGGCAGAUGGAGCUGUCGUGGAGCUUUACACGCAGUGUGGCACCCGAGGAUACAUGAGUCCGGAAGUGCUGUCGUGUGUGCCGUACGAAGGAGAACCGGCCGACGUGUGGUCAGCUGGAGUAGUGCUCUUCAUCAUGCUCGCAGGCUUCCCGCCCUUUCAAAUCGCUGCUGACCAAGACUGGUGGUUUAGAGCUUGCGCGACAAAACAGUACGACGCCUUUUGGGCGGCGCAUGCUCGUUCUGGCACGUUUUCGGCUAACGCCAUGUCACUUUUGUCGCGUAUCUUCCACGUGGACCCACAAGAACGCAUCACUAUAGCAGAGAUCAAGUCACAUGCCUGGUUUAAGGAAAACGUAGUUGCAUCGGAGGAUCUGCGUGCAGAGCUCUUGAGCCGCAAACUGCAGGUGGAGAAGGAAAAGCGCAAAGAGCGCGACGAAAAGAUGCGUGUAGCUGCAACGAAACGGCUGCAGCAGCAGGACGAAGAGUUUGACCCUUUUGAUGUAGACGUUGAGCGAUCGAUGACAUUUCCGACCGCUACAGCGUUUGCGACUAUAGGGCAGAUCACGAGGAAGCCACCGUCCUACCUGGCAUCAGAUGUAGCGCUUUACACAAGUUUCCGGUCGAGCCGGACAGCGACUGAGCUGCAGAUGCGGGUGGAAAAAGCGCUGAAAGAGCAGUCGGCGCGCUUUGUGGUUCACAAGGACCGUUUUAAAACCAAGGUCACAAUGACUACUGACGCAGGGGACGUGGGAUUCGCAGUGCGCAUCUUCUCUCUCGACAAUGCCGCGGGCCAACGACUGGUGGAAUUUAGGCGUGCGAAUGGCGAGUGCCUCAAGUUCCAAGAAGCGUACAAGAAGCUGAGAAACUCGCUGUCGGACCUCAUCUGUGACAAAAACGACGAGACAGAACCGACGAACAACUCGUUUGCAGACGAAAUCGCUUCGGACAAUUCGUGA